AUGGGAGUAGGCAAUGGAACUGUCAUUUCUGAGUUCAUCCUCACAGGCUUCUCAGAGCUUGAUCAAAGGCUACAGCUAUUUCUCUGCCUGGUCCUUCUACUCAUGUACCUGACAACGGUGAUGGGGAAUGCAGCCAUCAUUUUCCUGGUGUGUGUGGAUAACCGCCUGCAAACCCCCAUGUACUAUUUCAUUGGCAAUCUGGCAUUCCUGGAAAUCUGGCUUACGUCCUCCACAAGCACCAAACUGUUGGUAAUUCUGAGCUUUGGCAGGAGAACAAUCUCAGUAGGAAGAUGCUUUGCCCAGGCCUCCUUCUAUUUUGCCCUGGGUGGUUCAGAGUUUGUUCUCCUUGUUGUCAUGUCCUUUGACCGUUACAUUGCCAUCUGCCAGCCUUUGCGCUAUGCUGCCAUCAUGAAGCACUGGCUCUGCAUCCAGCUGGUGGUUGCUGUUUGGGUCAUGGGCUUCAUGUUCUUGAGUUACCGCCUGGUGCUGCUCUCCAAGCUCACUUUCUGUGGUUCGAACAAGAUCCAGCAUUUUUUUUGUGACUCCACUCCCUUAUUCCAACUGUCCUGCUCUGAUGUCACCCUGCUUUGGAAAACUGAAUCUGUUUUCAUAUUGUUUAUCGUGCUGUCUUCCUUGUGUCUAACUCUGGCAUCUUACACGUGCAUCUUAUUCUGUAUUCUGCAAAUGCCAGCAGCCUCUGCAAGGAGAAAAGCUUUUUCUACAUGCUCUUCCCAUCUCACCACCUUGGCCAUUGCCUAUGGAAGCUGCAUUGCUCUCUACGCACCCUCCUCAGGACAUGUUUCUUUGGAGACCAACAGCAUUGUAGCUUUGCUGAACACUGUCCUGUACCCAUUCUUAAACCCAUUCAUCUACAGUCUUAGAAACAAGGCCGUGAUGCUGGCCCUGAAGGAAGUCAUGGCCCGUACAACAGCACAGCUUUUCCCCUAA